AUGGCUCGUUUGAGCUUCCUGCUCGUGAGCUGCCUCGCGCUGCUCAUCGGCAUUACCAGCGCCGCCUCCGCCGUCAUUGAUCUGAUCCCCUCAAACUUCGACUCGGUCGUCCUCAAGUCCGGAAAACCCGCUCUGGUCGAAUUCUUUGCCCCUUGGUGCGGCCACUGCAAGAACCUCGCCCCCGUCUACGAGGAGCUCGCGCAGGUCUUCGCCCAUGCCGAGGACAAGGUGACCGUCGGAAAGGUGGAUGCGGACGAGCACAGAGAUCUUGGAAAGAAGUUUGGUAUCCAGGGGUUCCCGACGCUGAAGUGGUUCGAUGGAAAGAGCGACAAGCCCGAGGACUACAAGGGUGGUCGGGAUCUGGAGAGUCUGUCUGCGUUCAUUACGGAGAAGACGGGCAUCAAGCCCCGUGGUCCUAAGAAGGAGCCCAGCAAGGUCGAGAUGUUGACCGAUGCUUCUUUCAAGACUACCAUUGGCGGUGACAAGGAUGUGCUGGUUGCUUUCACUGCACCUUGGUGUGGACACUGCAAGACCCUCGCUCCUGUCUGGGAGACCCUCGCCCUGGACUUUGUCCUCGAACCCAACGUCGUGAUCGCCAAGGUGGACGCCGAGGCCGAGAGCUCCAAGGCCACCGCCAAAGAGCAGGGCGUCACCGGAUACCCUACGAUCAAGUUCUUUCCCAAGGGGUCCACUGAGCCCGAGGCUUACUCCGGCGCUCGUUCCGAGGAGGCCUUCAUCGAAUUCUUGAACUCCAAGACCGGUACCAACCGUGCCGUCGGUGGAGGUCUCAACACCAAGGCCGGCACAGUCGCUGCCCUCGACGAGCUGGUCGCCAAGUACGUCACUUCGCGCAACGCCAAGUCCCUGGUUGCGGAUGUCAAGAAGGCUGCCAAGGGCCUCCAGGAUAAGUACGCUCAGUACUAUGUCAAGGUUGCCGAUAAACUCAGCCAGAACGAGGAGUAUGCCACCAAGGAGCUGGCUCGUGUUAAGAAGAUCUUGAAGAAGGGCGGCUCUGCUCCCGAGAAGAUUGAUGACCUUGUUUCCCGCAGCAACAUCCUGCGCAAGUUUGUCGGCGAGGAGCAGAUCGAUGCCAAGGAUGAGUUGUAG